CGCUCUCUCACCUCGCAUUACCUGUCCCUGCUCCCUUUGUGAGCAGGCCACCAGGCUGCUUCUUGCACUGACUGUCUUUUACUGUCCUCUCUCCAGGUCCACCUCCAUCCCACAGCCAUGUCCUGCUACGAUCUGUGCCGUCCCUGUGGCCCGACCCCGCUGGCCAACAGCUGCAACGAGCCCUGUGUGCGCCAGUGCCAGGACUCCCGCGUGGUGAUCCAGCCCUCUCCCGUGGUGGUCACCCUGCCCGGACCCAUCCUCAGCUCCUUCCCCCAGAACACCGCUGUGGGCUCCAGCACCUCCGCUGCUGUGGGCAGCAUCUUGAGUGAGGAGGGAGUGCCCAUCUCCUCCGGUGGCUUUGGCAUCUCUGGCCUGGGCAGCCGCUUCUCUGGCAGGAGGUACCUGCCCUGCUAAGAUGUGGUGGACGUCCCAUGAGCCCAUUGCCCAGGAAGCCCAAAGCCAGACGGCGGACUGAGGACAGAGCUGUUGGCCUUUGUUUCCGGAUAUGUUGAGCACCUUCCAUGCCCUCCUGUAAAGCAACGAGGGAAUCUAGGGUGCCAGCUUUUGCGUUCUGGGCGCAUGACCAGCAGAUAUCUUCUUCUCCCACUUUCUUGUCAUCAUCACACAUCCCUGUUGUCUCCUGCUGUCUUGUGCCUUGGGUUCAUCCUGAAGCAAGCUGAGAUGGCCCUGCUUCUUUCCUCUCUCGCCAUGUGAUGGAGAAAGAUGUGCAUCCCAAUACGUUGAUGGUGUAUCUGUGUACCAGCUGCCCUCAUAGCAGCCUGGGCCAGAUUCCAUUCACAAUACAUUGCCUUGUUUCUACCUUCAUUCUCAAUAAAUG